GCGGGGCGGCCGCAGACCCGGCCUGGGCACUCGCACCGGGAACGUUGGUCCCGGAGGCGUCUGAUCGGCCGUAGGGCCGGGGCGCACAAGCGGCGGCACCAUGUUCUCCCUCAAGCCGCCCAGACCCAGCUUCAGGUCCUACCUCCUGCCGCCGCCCCAGACUGACGAUAAGAUAAAUUCCGAACCGAAGAUUAAAAAACUGGAGCCAGUUCUUUUGCCAGGAGAAAUUGUUGUAAAUGAAGUCAAUUUUGUGAGAAAAUGCAUCGCAACAGAUACAAGCCAGUACGAUUUGUGGGGCAAGUUGAUAUGCAGCAACUUCAAAAUCUCCUUUAUUACAGAUGACCCGAUGCCAUUGCAGAAAUUCCAUUACAGAAACCUUCUUCUUGGAGAGCAUGAUGUCCCUUUGACAUGUAUUGAGCAGGUUGUCACAGUGAACGACCACAAGAGGAAGCAGAAAGUCCUAGGUCCCAACCAGAAGCUAAAAUUUAAUCCGACAGAAUUAAUAAUUUAUUGUAAAGACUUUCGAAUUGUCAGAUUUCGCUUUGACGAAUCGGGUCCUGAAAGUGCCAAAAAGGUAUGCCUUGCAAUAGCUCAUUAUUCCCAGCCAACAGACCUCCAGCUACUCUUUGCAUUUGAAUAUGUUGGGAAAAAAUACCACAAUUCAGCCGGCAAAGUUAAUGGAGUAUCCUCAGGAGGUGGAGGAGUGUGGAGCGGAGUUGGCAGUAGCAGCAGCCAGAGGACGCCACUGUUUGAAACUUACUCAGACUGGGACAGAGAGAUCAAGAGGACAGGUGCUUCUGGGUGGAGAGUUUGUUCUAUCAACGAGGGUUACAUGAUAUCUACAUGCCUUCCAGAAUACUUUGUCGUGCCAAGUUCAUUAGCAGACCAAGACCUGAAGAUCUUUUCCCAUUCUUUUGUUGGAAGAAGGAUGCCAUUCUGGUGCUGGAGCCACUCUAAUGGCAGUGCUCUUGUGCGAAUGGCCCUCAUCAGAGAUGCGCUGCAGCAGAGGAAGAUUGACCAGAGGAUUUGCAAUGCGAUAACUAAAAGUCAUCCACAAAGAAGUGACGUUUACAAGUCAGAUCUGGAUAAGACCUUGCCCAAUAUCCAAGAAAUACAAGCAGCAUUUGUAAAACUUAAACAACUGUGUGUAAAUGAGCCCUUUGAAGAAACUGAAGAGAAAUGGUUGUCGUCACUGGAAAGUACUCGGUGGUUAGAAUAUGUCAGGGCUUUUCUUCAACACUCAGCAGAACUUGUAUACAUACUAGAAAGCCAGCGUCUCUCUGUAGUCCUGCAAGAGGAGGAGGGAAGAGACUUGAGUUGUCUGGUAGCUUCCCUUGUUCAAGUGAUGAUGGAUCCGUAUUUCAGGACAAUUACUGGAUUUCAGAGCCUGAUACAGAAGGAGUGGGUCAUGGUAGGAUACCAGUUCCUAGACAGAUGCAACCACUUGAAGAGGUCAGAGAAAGAGUCCCCUUUAUUCUUGCUCUUCUUGGACACCACGUGGCAGCUGCUAGAGCAAUAUCCAGCUGCCUUCGAGUUCUCUGAGACAUACCUAGCAGUGCUGUGUGACAGCACCCGCAUCUCACUCUUCGGCACCUUCCUGUUCAACUCUCCUCAUCAGCGGGUGAAGCAAAGCACGGAGUUUGCUAUCAGCAAAAAUAUUCAGUUAGGUGACGAGAAGGGCUUGAAAUUCCCCUCGGUUUGGGACUGGGCUCUUCAGUUCACAGCAAAGGAUCGGACCCUUUUCCACAACCCCUUCUACAUUGGCAAGAGCACUCCUUGUGUACAGAAUGGCUCCAGGAAGUCUUUUAAGCGGACAAAGAAAAGCUACAGCUCUACAUUGAGAGGGAUGCCAUCAUGCUUAAAGAAUGGGAUCAUCAGUGACCAGGAGCUGCUUCCGAGGAGAAACUCACUAAUACUGAAACUGAAGCCAGACCCACUUCAGCACACCGACAGCCAGAAUGGUGGAAUGGAACAGUACUUUAAAGAGUGGUUUUCUAGACCAGCCAACCUUCAUGGCAUUAUCCUGCCACGUCUCUCUGGAACACACAUUAAACUGUGGAAAUUGUGCUACUUCCGCUGGGUCCCUGAGGCACAGAUCAACCUCGGGGGCUCCAUCAUGGCCUUCCACAAACUCUCUCUCCUGGCUGAUGAGGUGGACAUGCUAGGCAGGAUGCUGAGGCAGCAGCGGAGUGGCCCUCUGGAAGCUUGCUAUGCAGAGUUGGAGCAGAGCAGAAUGUACUUCAGAGCCACAGGUCCACACGACACCCUGGAGACACCAGAGUUUCUCUCCUCUUCCUUUCCAUUUUCUCCUGUAGGAAAUCUGUGCAGACGGAGCAUUUUAGGAACACCCUUAAGCAAAUUUUUAAGUGGGGCCAAAAUAUGGCUAUCAACUGAGACACUAGCAAAUGAAGACUAAUGUAUUUUUUGAACACAUUGCGAGAAGCUGUAUAUUUCCCCUCCGAACUGAGAUUGCUAAUCUAGGUGUUUAAAACUGGUCAUUUUAUAUGUAAGAAAUUUGCACUAAUAUUUAAAACUUGUUUAAUCAUGCUGCCUUCAGUUAUUCUAAGGGCAGUGUGACUUUGGUUUGGUCCUCUGUCCUUUGGGUCAUUUGCAGCACACAUUCCCCCAUUGUGACCUGUGAUCACAGUAGUGAGGUUUCUCUGGUAUGUGUGAAUUUCAUCAGCAUCUAGUUUUCUACCUAUUAAAGGUUAUCUGAUAGUCAGAUCACAACCCAAAGACGGUGGGUAGGAAGUUCAUAAAUUAGCACUUAAUGCAUUUCGGAUCAUCUGAUAAAAUUCCCUGCAGGCCUCAGUUGGCAGCCAUAUGUUUUUCUCUGGUUGAACUUAACUAAUGAGGGUUUGUGUUCUGGGGUUAGACUUUAUUAUUUUAGUUGACCUCAUUUAGGACCUUAGAUCACUGUGUUCCAGAACCCUGAGUUUGCUUUAAUUCCAUACAACUAACUUUUGAAAAUGCACUGUAACUUUAAAGCAUUCACUGUAGCUAAUUAAACCUAGAAGUGCCUUGGUCCUUAAGGUGAGAGUAACUAAGAUGCCAGAAUAACAGAGGGAACUAUGACUCCACGUUUUAAACUUAGGGCAUUUAGACCCUGCUACAUACUACAUACUGGGAAUAGCUUCUUGCCAACAGGCCUCACUAAUAGCCAGUAGUUUCCAGAGCAACCCUGCAAUCUAUGGGGUGGAACCCUUAGAGACUCUUCAGGCAGCAGAGGUACAACUCCAGCUGUGGACAGGAGCAUGCCGCACUCUGACCACGGGCUACUGGGAGUGCUCUGGCCUCCCAUGAUCACGUCAGCUGGCAUGCUGACAUAGGUCCGCACUCCUCCUUAGCAGUAGCUAGUGUAGGUCAUGAGAAGAACAGAUGAACAGACUAGAGCAGAGGGCUUCCCCAAUUACUGCCAUUUUAAUACACUUUGUGGCUCCCCUUCUGACUUUGGGGGUCAGUGCCAAGAGGCUGAGAAGCUCAUCUGAAACCCGCAUUCCAAACCAUGCUAAGAACCUGGCUGGCUUUACCAGGCCAAAUUCAGAAGCUCCCAAUUGUCGAUGUGUGGAGAGCCUCCUCCCUGUUUCAAGGUGGAUAUUUCCUAAUGGACAAUGGCAGUGUCUUAAAUCACCACCUUGUGUGUCAAAAUACUUUAUAGUAAAGUGCUGAUUUAGUUUCUUUUUCUAUAACAGAAUUUCUCAAGUAGUUGGAUCUGUAUGUGGUGCUGCAGAGCCAUUUCUGCUUUUACCUUUGCAAACUGUUUAGUGAUGGCUCUGCAUUUAACAGAGCAGUUGUCCUUGAAUCUUAAGAAGUUCCAAUCUCAUGGCUAACCUAAUGUUUCCACCCAUCUGCUACCUAUAGAAUAAGGGCUCUUGCGAACUUAGACAAAUAGCAUUAUCAGCAGUGAGGAUGCUCCCGUCUCUGGCUGCUUAGCAGCCCCGGGCCCUGAGACCACUGGAGCCUCAUAGUAAUUCCCACAUUUUCAUUAAGCUACUUCUAGAAACUGUUCUAAAUUUAUUUUGGGAAUGAGAACUUAUAUCUUUGUAAUUUACAUCCCUUACAUUUACUUCAACUCCUUUAAGAACUUUGUUUUUGCUAACUUACAAAAAGGUCAGGUACUAUUACACUACUUUUAUGAUGGAAAUUGCCUAUUUUUGUAUGGUAAUCAAUUGUAAAUGUUUUAAUAUUUCCACUAGGUGGUUGUUAUAUGAUGAUUGUGCAUACUAUUUGUAAAACAGCUCCAAAGUCCUAGUGUGGCCCAUGGCACAGCUGCUCGGCACCUGUUAGCAGAAGUGACCACUGUGGUGGCAGAAGAGGUAAGCAUGGCUGCAUGCAGCAUACCAAAGAGCUCGAGGCCACUGUCUCCAAGGCCCUGUGGGCAGAGCCUGUGCUGGUGGCGUCCACACAAAGCUGACACUGGACAUUCUAGUGCGAACCCUAAAGGUGGGGUGUCUUACUGUUGUUUUACGAUGGGAAACAAUUCUAAAACCAAAAAUGCCUAACUCUAUUUAAGGAAAGGACAUUAAUUUGUACUGACAGACAAAGAUGAAAACUGCUCAACACAUUUUUCAACAAGAUCUUCUUGCUGUAGCAGUAACCUCAAGUACAAAACUUGGUAUUGCGACAAAACUAAAACCUUUGUGCCUAAAUACAACUGGUGAGCUGAAGAGGGAUGCGCAGGUUGGCUGGAUCCUGCUCAACAGAAAGGAUGUAAAGGGAAUUCUGACUGCUAAAUAAAAUU